AUGUAUGCACAAAUUUAUCUUAACGCUAUCUAGACUGUGACGGUCCAAGUCCCUAAGAACGAGUCAAGUGGAUUUGUAAACAAUUAAUAAGAAUAAUGGCGUUUCAAAUUCGAUAAAAUCCUGCAUAAUUCAUCUCAAGAGGAUGUGUUUGAUCACUGUGCAAGAGAUAUUGUCAAGUCUGUGAUUGAAGGAUUCAAUGGUACAGUCAUGGUUUAUGGUUAGACUGGAGCAGGUAAGACCUUCACAAUGAACGGAUCUACUCAAAACUACAAAUAUAGAGGAGUUAUUCCAAGAGCUAUCACUUAGGUGUUCUAAGAAAUUGGUAGUAGAUUCGAACAGGAGUUUACCGUGAAAGUCAGCUACCUUGAAAUUUAUAAUGAGCUUAUGUUCGAUCUGAUUUCUCCAGUCCCUACUCAUGAAUAAGGGGGAAACUAAAUUUCAAUUCAAGAUGAUGCUAAGGGAGAAAUCCAUGUAAAGGGAUUGACAUUGAAUGUUGUUAAAAAUGAAGAAGAGGCUUUGAAUUUCCUUUUUGAAGGUGAGACUAAUAGAACUGUGAGUGCUCAUUAACUUAAUAAGGAAUCAAGUAGAAGUCAUUGCAUAUAUACCAUUCAUCUUGAAAGUAAAAGCAGACUCGAAUCAACUGAGAAAGUUGUAUUCUCAAGACUGCAUCUUGUUGAUUUAGCUGGUAGUGAGAGGACUAAAAAGUCAGGUGCUCAAGGUAUUAACUUGAAGGAGGCAACAUACAUUAAUAAAUCACUCUCAUUCUUGGAGCAAGUUGUAGUAUCUGUUUGUGAUAAUAAGAGAGAGCACAUUCCAUACAGAUAAAGUAAGUUGACAAACUUUUUGAAGAAUUCUAUUGGUGGAAACUGUUAGACAAUUAUGAUAGCAAAUAUCUACCCUGAACCUGAUCAUGUUGAGGAGACUAUCUCUACUCUUAAAUUUGCUACCAGAAUGAUGAAAGUCAGCAACGAGCCAAUAGUCAAUGUCUAGCAAGAUCCUUAGUUACUUCUUAAAAAGUAUGAAAAAGAAAUUAGAGAUCUUAAGCAAGAACUUGCUAUGCAUGAUACCCUAGCUAACAAAGGAAGAGUUUAAUACGAUCCAUACACAGCAGAACAGCAGUAUGAAAUCCAGAAGCUAGCUUAGCAGUUCAUGGAUGGAGAAGUAGAAGAUAUUGAGGAGCUAAACUCAAUGAGGUAGGUUAAGGAGCUCUUUGCACAAAUGAAGAAUAUCUUUAGAAAACUUGAACAUGAUGCCAAAAACAUUGAAGCAAGAAGUGAAGGACUAGGAGGGUAGAGGCAACCUACUUAACUUUAAGAUAUUGAGAGAAGAAAAACUAUGAUGAACUCUGAUGGAGUUGGCGAUUUAGAUGACAUUGGUGAAUUUGGUCUUGGUAUUGCCCCAAGAAAUCUCAAGCCAGUUAAUAAGAUUGAAUUAAGUAAAAAGAAAGAAGAAGAAAUUGCCAGAAUGCAAGCUGAUGAUGACAAUCCUCCUCUAGAAACUGAGCCAGAUGAUGAGGCAGAUAGCAAACUAGAAAUGAUGAGACUAAAGAAGCAGAGAGAAGCUAAGCGCAAACCUAUUGAUAGAUAACAGGCUUUCAUUGAAUUCAAGAACCUCCCUGAUGGCAGAUAAUUUGAGGAUUAGAUUCUGAAUAACAGAUAAGAAUUGAAAGACAAGAAGGUCAAAGUUAAAGUAUUAACAGAAUAGUGCAACAACACCAAGAAGGAAAUAGACACUAUCAAGGCUAAAUUAGAUGAAAAAGCAGAAGAGAAGAAGAAAAAUUUGAGAGAGGAUAUUGCUGGCAUUGAUGAUGAUGAUGGACAAGGAGGAAAUGGGGAAGUGUAGCAGGAAAUCAUUGAUGAGGAAGAACUCAGCUAUCUCUAGAAAAUGAAAGAGAUGAAAAAGAAAUAUAGAGAGAACUACGACCUAUUAAAGUCUCUCAGAGGUGAGGUCUACUAUGUGUAGCAAAGUAUCGACUCACUUAAGCAAUAAUUGGUGUCACAAUUUGAAGACUGGUACACUUUAACUUUUGAUGACGAUGAGACACUAUCCUAAGGGGGUUAAUAAAAAUCUGGUAGAACUUUGCAGCAAUCUACUAAGUUAAUAUAAAAGUAAAAUUUCAUAGAAGUUGGUGAUGAUGAGCAAGAAAGAAGAGAGGGAGGGGAAGAUCAAGAAGGUGGAAUUGAUCCCGAUGCCCUAGCUUUCAUCAAAGCAAAGAGAAAGGUAGACGAUUUACACAAAGCUAAAAAGCAAGAGAAAAAAAUUCAGUGA